AUGGAACGUGUCCUUCACACUAACAAUUAUCCUCAACUUUAUUCAUUAACACUUAUAGAUUUUUCAGAAAAAGUUCUUUUCAAUUACUUAACAAAUAAUACAAUUCUUCGAACUCUUCUCAAUCAACAAAUUACAUGUCUUACAAUUGGUAUUAAAGAUAAGCCAACAGGACAAUCAUCUUCUGAAAUACUUUGGAUUAUAUUUACUUUGAUAUUAUCUUUAUGUAAACAAUUAAACAAAGUAAGUUUUUGUCAAUUCGACAAUCAACCAACGUUCCGUACCUUGACUUAUCAACAAAUUUCAAAUCUUCAACAUUAA